CAUUAUUUGGCAGCUGGCGCACGCGCGCGUGCGCGAGCUCGCCCAUUGUUUGAGCGUGAGCGUCCCGUGGACAAAAGGCUCGUGGGGAGACGACCGCUGAUAGGCUGAUUUGGCAGGGAGCAGGCGCGAGCGCCGCGGCCACAACAGAUGGACCAGUCCGGGUCGGAGGCUCAACACCUCGUCGACAGACCGAACCCGAACCGGGCGGGCGAGCCGAGAAACGUGAGCUAAGUCCAAUUUAGCGCUACAUUGGCGGGGGAGGGAUCCGAACACACUCCCUCGGUGUCCCCGAAGAGAAGCCUUUGAAGCUGCCGACAACGUCGUCGUAUUUUGCACCUCGCAUGCUGUCUGACCAUGGAUGACAUACACAACGGGGUUCAGAUCGGGGAGAAUAAGUUCAUCAGCAAGGUAACCAUCCUCUCACAUCUUAAGACGUACAACCUUUACUAUGAAGGACAGAACCUGCAGCUCAGGCACAGAGAGGAAGAGGGGGAGCUGAUCGUUGAAGGCCUGUUGAACAUCUUUUGGGGCCUGCGUCGUCCAAUCAGGCUUCAGAUGCAGGACGACCACGAGCGGAUCCGACCGCCUCCCUCCUCCACAUCCUGGCACUCGGGUUGCAUCCUGGACGGUCAAGGCUCCCCAAACAGCACAGACGGUCAACGGACACCACACAUGACUCCGCCCACUAUGGAGGUGACACCUCCUGACAACCAGUCAAAGAACGGUGUAAUGGAGGAGCACACAGAAGAAGACAGUGAGAAUUCCGCUCAGCUUCUUAGAACCAAAAGUGAUGCCGGGGUUCUAAGGCGGGCCCACCGGCGCUCCCCAAGCGACCAGAGGAAGAUCCGACGCCAUCGCUUCUCCAUCAAUGGACACUUCUACAACCACAAGACAGCCGUGUUCACUCCGGCUUAUGGCUCCGUGACCAACGUACGCAUCAACAGCUGCAUGACGACUCCUCAGGUGCUACGAGUUCUUCUCAACAAGUUUAAGAUUGAAAACAGCCCUGAUGACUUUGCACUUUACCUCGUCCAUGCUAGUGGAGAGCGGGCAAAGCUGAAGCGCAGCGACUUCCCACUGGUGUUGAGAAUAUUGCAGGGUCCAUGUGAGCAAGUGUGCAAGCUGUUCCUCAUGGAGGAGGACCUGGGAGAAGAAGUCACCUAUGACGUGGCGCAGUAUAUCAAGUUUGAGAUGCCAGUCCUGCAGAGUUUCAUUACCAAGCUGAAGGAGGAGGAGGACAGAGAGGUGCAGAAACUGAGGAGAAGGUACAACAUCCUGCGCUGCAUCAUAGAGAAGCAGCUGGGGUGUCUGCCUGAGGGGGCCACGUGUAUGUGAACUAGCAGGUACCAUCGUCGUGAACAUUCUAGUUGAGGGUUACAUUGUGUGUGGACAAUUUACAACAGAGUGUGUCAUGCUAACUAUUCAUUUUAAGCACAAGCAUUCUGGCAUAUAUGCUUUGAGUCAAGUGCCUGCUAAAAAAAACCCAAGCACAAACAAAGCAAUGUUCACAUUAAGUCCAUAUGAAAAAUCCUACAUGAUGAGCACAAAGGUGGGGGCACCUCUAUUGUUUCCCACAAUGCACUGGGUGCCUUCCUGUUCCCCUUGUUCCAUUUGUAAUCAAAUGGACUUGAUUGGUUCUACGGCAGCCAUAUUCAAUUAGUGACCCAGGGGCCAAAUAAGCCGUUGAGUGACACCAGACCGACCAUGUUCAAUUCAAGACUUGGGAGAGACAGCAGAUUCCUAAAAACAGCAGAAAACUCCUGACAUACAGGGAGAUAUUUAAAACCAACAGAGUGGUCCUUCUUAUACAGGAUCUUUGACUAGUGUUUACAGCAGAUUCCUGUCCGACGCUUUUGGACUAACAUUUUUGCAGUACAUUCCUAAAAGCAGCAGAGCCUUCUUGUUAUAUAAAGGAUCUUUGACUAACUUAUUACAGCAAUUUCUUAAAGACAGCAGAGUGCUCCUCUCAUGAAGACGGGUGUUUUUACUGCAGAUAGAAUAAUCAUUUCUCAACUUCCAAGCCGUUGGUUUAUUUUCACUCCAUGACAUCGUACAUCAUCAUCAUCAAUCAGGUCAAAGGGUGCUACAUGAACCCAGGGAACAGCAUGAAUCCUACCAAAGGAUAUUAGUGUCCUGUUGACAUUUUCAAAAAGCACAUUCACGUGCACUGUUGUGUUAAGAAGCCCGGUACAAACAGCAUAUAAGACAACACAAGGGAGACAGUGACUUGUCGAGAAGAUGCGAUGCACACAGCUUACAUAUUCACACGUUCAAAGUAGGUCAGCGUGAGUGUGACGCAUGUGUCAUGUUUAUGCGCGCGUGCUGGUAAUUGAAUAAUAUUUGCUGACUGAGACACAGUUAAGCUGCUUCAAGGUGCCGUCCUGGCCACCGACACUCUCAUCAAGACGACAUCUUUCAGUCAUUUUGUUUCUUUUCACGGUACCGCUAUGUGCAUGCUUUGUCCUUGAGACUUGCCUGCUUUUGUAUGACUUAUUGAAAACUAUUUUAGUCCUUGACAUGUGAACGCCUCAUGAUGAUACGAAAAUGUAUUGAACAAUGAUUGUAAUUUAAUUAAAAAAGACACUUGAGAAAAUGUUAUCUAAUGUUGUCAAUAUCCAAUUAGUCAUGCUUAGGACAAGAUGUGUUAUUCCCUCACUGGACAAUUAGGAGUAUUAAGUCAACUCUGGCAGCACACACACACACACACACACACACCAGGUAUUUAAGUAUUACUGUCAGUGGUACAGCAGAUUACUGUUGACUCAGCCAAUGACCACCCAGGAGACUAUGUGAUCCCCUGGAUGUGACCGUCUGAAGAGUAACGGACCAACCCUGAAGCACACACAUCAUAUUUAUACGGGGCGUCAGUGUUCAAACUGCUCAAACACUUCUGGAGGAGGGGGGAACAUAAGCGAGAAGAGCAUCAUCACUUCAGGAUCUUGGAUUUCUUCCCAAACAAGUAACCAAUCAUGUCCAGGCUGCUAACAUUGGUCCUGUGCACGCUGCUGCUAGCCACGCUGACCCCCAGCUCAGAGGCCAGACGUGGUGGAGGCUUCAGAGGCGGCUGGGGUGGAGGUGGAAGCAGGCCCGCCUACAGACCAUCCCCUCCCAGGAGCAGCGGCCCCAGUGCGGGUAAAGUAGCUGGAGCAGCAGCAGCAGGGGCCAUUGGAGGAGCCAUGCUGGGGUCUGCCCUGAGCCGCCCCGGGUAUGGCUAUGGUGGAGGAUACGGAGGUUAUGGGGGAUAUGGCGGGUUUGGAGGGGGUUACGGCUACCCGAGAUAUGGUGGAGGGUACGGCUCCAGAUCUGCGUAUGAGGCAGAGGGCUCUGGAGAUGUGGAGUACUACACUGGAGCCUCAAGUGGACCUAUCUACAACAGCAUCGUCGUCGUGAUUGGCUCACUGCUCACUCUGCUGGUUGGCCACUUGGGGGCGAUCAUGUAACGCUGCAGUUUGUCAACUCAAUUCAUGGCUAUUUCAUGCUCUGGACUGAACAGCGCCCCUGUGUGGACACGAACUUCACCUACGACAUUGACUGUGUAAAUUGCAACCUAUGCUUCCUUGUGGCCAUUCUCGUUUCGUCUUCAUUCAACCAAUACAUAUAAAAGUUGGGACCAUAAAUAGAAUAAAUAAAUGAUAUACAUAUUUUAACAUAUUGAUAUAACGGUAGAAAAUAUUUUUUGAAACUUAAUAGCUUAAUCGUAAUAGUCAAGUUACUAACAUUGCGUUUGUUCAGUAUCAGUAUCAGUACAAAUCUUGUUUUUUUUAAGUGUCAUAAUAAUGUGCAUUACUAUAUACGGUAUAUUAAAGUAAAAAUAAAAUCA